GUCCGGGAACCGAGCUUGUCGGCUCGGUAUAAUUGGUUUGGAACUGGCCAAUGAGGGCAGCAAAGAGAACGGCGGGUUGUCCGUAUGUCAAUUGACUGGAAAUUGAGGCUUAAUAUGCCCGGUGUGAACAUCCAUCGUAGUCGACCUACUAAUAGUGUAGGAAUGGUAAUGUACGUCCUCUUGUACACAGUGUCCGUCCGGCUAUCCGACACUAACCGAGGUGUCUGUUCCUCGGCAAGAGGAGAUCAGCUUGAACACCCUCCGCCCGGCCGCCCAGAGACAGGGACGACCCCAACCAAACAAACUCCACAUUCUCCGAACUUCUUUUGUUCGACUCCUGUCCCUGCUUCUUUCCUUUCUUCUCCCUACACUUCUCCCCCCUCCCAUUUUCUCGGAUCAUUCUUGACACUCUUGAUCCUUGCUCAAUUCCUCCCUCCGUCUUCCCUCUCCCAUUCCCGUUGCCAUUGCGCAGUUUGAUCAUGUCCCUUCCCGCCGUGAGACGGUUGACCCACACGUCUCCCCGCACUUUGGCCCGCAUCCCCGUCUCCAGACUCUCUCCCACUUUCGCUUCUUCUUCCUCCUCUCACCUUGCUGCCAUCGCUGCUCCUCGUGUUCACCGCGCUCCUCGCUUUUCCACUAUGGCUGCCCGUCAAUCUGCCGCUCCCGCGGUUCCCUCCGCCGACAAGGCCUAUGACCCGGAGAUUCAGGACAUGGCCAGCUACAUCCACCAGUACAAUGUGGACUCUGAUCUGGCGUUUGAUACUGCCCGUUUGGUGUUCCUGGACACCCUCGGCUGCGGUCUGGAGGCUCUCAAGUUCAAGGAGUGCACAAAGUUGCUUGGCCCCGUCGUUGAGGGCACUGUUGUCCCCAAUGGACCCCGUGUCCCCGGUACCCCUUACCAGCUGGACCCCGUCAACGGUGCAUUCAACAUCGGUGCUAUGAUCCGCUGGCUUGACUAUAACGACUGCUGGCUGGCCGCCGAGUGGGGCCACCCCUCCGAUAACCUGGGUGGUAUCUUGGCCGUCGCCGACUGGAUCUCCCGCACCAACCGUGCCGGUGGCAAUCUGGGUAACGGAAAGAUCCUCAAGAUCCGCGAUGUCCUCGAGGCUAUGAUCAAGGCUCACGAGAUCCAGGGUGUUUUGGCUCUGGAGAACUCCUACAACAAGGUCGGCCUGGACCACGUCGUCCUGGUCAAGGUCGCUACGACCGCCGUUGUCUCGAAGAUGAUGGGUCUCACCGAGAAGCAGACUGCCGAUGCUAUUACCCAGGCCUGGGUUGAUGGACAGUCUCUCCGUACUUACCGCCACUCGCCCAACACCAUGUCCCGCAAGUCGUGGGCUGCCGGUGACGCCUGCCAGCGUGCCGUCAACCUGGUCCUCAAGGUGCAGAAGGGUGAGGGUGGUCUGCACACCGUUCUCUCUGCUCCCACCUGGGGCUUCUACGAUGUCCUGUUCAAGGGCAAGAAGUUCCAAUUCCAGCGCCCCUACGGUAGCUACGUGAUGGAGAACGUCCUCUUCAAGGUCUCCUAUCCUGCCGAGUUCCACUCUCAGACCGCCAUUGAGGCCGCCCAGAUCAUUAACAAGAAGUUGGCCGAGAUGGGCAAGAGCGCCAAGGAUAUCAAGGAGAUCACCAACCGCACCCACGAGGCCUGCAUCCGUAUCAUUGACAAGCAGUUCAAGGAGAUGGACAACUUUGCCGACCGCGACCACUGCGUCCAGUACAUGGUUGCCACCAUGCUGGCCUUCAACCGCCUGGUUGCCACCGACUACGCCGAUGGCUCCGAGGCCGCCACCUCUCCUCUGGUUGAGGACCUCCGCAAGCGCAUUCGCUGCGUCGAGGACGAGCAGUUCACCGCCGACUACCACGAUCCCUCCAAACGUACCAUCCCCAACGCUCUGACCGUCACCCUCAACGACGGCACCGUUCUCGAGGAGGUCGCCGUCGAGGCUCCUCUGGGCCACCGUCUCCGCCGUGAGGAGGCCAAGCCCGAGAUCCUGGCCAAGUACAAGCGCCACCUCCAGGCACACUUUGACCAGGCUCGCAUUGAUGAGCUGCUCAAGGUGGGCUGGGACCGCCAGCAGCUGGAGAACUACGAUGUCGACAAGUACGUCGAUUUGUACGUCAAGGACAAGAUGGUUGCCGCUGCCUAGAUGGGGCACGAAGGGAAAAUCGGGUUUGAUUGAAUGGGUUCGGGCUGCGGCUGGAACGGGACGUUUUAUGGUGUAUGAUGAAUAUACUUUUUAUAUCGCAAAAUUUACUGUAUAGACUUGCGUUUCUUGGAAAAUCCGUUGAUCGAG